AUGUCUUCUUCUUGCAUGGUGGAUAUACUUUUAGUUUGUGGGAAAUGGGAAUUUCAGAAUAGUCGGUAUGUUUUCUUGGUUGAUAAGAGCAAAGGAAGUCAUGUUGUAGCUGUUGAUCGGGAAAUCGGGUUUGGGGAUUUAUUACAAAUUGUUUAUGAAGAAUUUCGAUUGGAUCAGCGCCGAUUUGAGCUGCAAUUCAGCUAUAUGCUGUCGAAGAAAUACAUGCAAAAGCUACCCAAAGAUACACCACCGGUAUUUGUAGGAAGUAGUCGACAAUUUGCUGGGUUUCUCCGUCACUUCGAAAACGAGACGAUCCGUCUAUGCAUUGAGAUUACUGAAAAGGCGUUGACUCAAUCGAAGAUAGCAAAUGGUGUUGAGGUGAGCGGCAAAAGAUGUAACUCAUUCGUAGAUGAAGAGAGUGAAGACGAUGAAUUUGAAGAAGAUGAGGAAGAUAAUGACGAUGAUGAAGAAGAAAGGUACGACAAUUGCGAAGAUCCGGAUGGUGCGAGUUCUAGUGAUGAAGACUACGAUUUGUGUGGGAAGAAAUCAGAAGAUGAAGAAGAAGAAGAAGAUAUGCAAAACCUGCCACCAAAGAAACGAGGUUUCUCCAGAAUAGAUGAUUCUGUGGAGCUUGAAAUGAAGUCCGUAGAGUUAGCUGUAGGUCAAUGUUAUGACACAAAAGAAGAGUUCGAGACGAGAUUGAAGAUCUACGCGGUUGCCAAUAAAAUGGACUUCGACGUGGGACACUCAACGCCCACGCUAUUGACGGUUAGGUGUUGGGUCGGUGGAUGUAAAUGGCGGGUUCGAGCUUCGACGGUUGGAGAUGGAAGACAGUUCUAUGUCAAAACAUACUACGGUUUGCACACCUGUUCUAUCACGAUGCGUUCUUCACGUGCCCGACAAGCAACUCCUGAGAUAUUAGGACGUCUUUAUAAGGAUUUUGUAGGUGGAGUAGGUAAUACAGUUACCCCAAAUCACGUUUCUGAUGCGCUAACCAAACGAUAUGGAAUCAAGGUGGAGUAUUGGAAAGCUUAUCGUGUAUUGAAGUAUGCACGCGAACUAGUGACUGGGAGUUCAGAGGACAGUUACGAGGACCUUCCAUCCUACUUAUACAUGAUUAGACGAGCUAAUCCAGGAACACUCAUCAAGCUCGAAGUGGAUUCCGAAGACAAGUUCAAGUUUAUGUUCCUUGCCUUUAGUGCGAGCAUUCAGGGGUUUCCAUUUAUGCGGAAAGUAGUGGUGGUUGAUGGUACCUUCUUAACAGGUAAAUACAAAGGUACACUACUCAUUGCCACAACGCAAGACGGGAAUUUUAAUAUAUUCCCAAUUGCUUUCGGUAUCGUUGAUACUGAGAAUGAUGAAUCGUGGGAAUGGUUCUUUGCACAACUACAUCGAGUUAUACCUGAUGAUGAAGGACUUGCCAUUAUUUCAGAUAGACAUAGAUCUAUUGGGAAAGCUAUAACAAAAAUUUACCCUCUUGCUUCGCGUGGUAUUUGCACUUAUCAUUUGCACAAGAAUAUAUUGGUGAAAUAUAAAGGUGGAGAAGCUUUUCGCCUUGUCAAGAAAGCAGCAACAACAUAUAGGCUUUCAGAUUUCAAUGUCUUAAUGGCACAGAUUCAGGGGUGUAACCGAGGACUAUAUGAUUACUUACAAAAAGCGGAUGUCCAGAUGUGGAGCCGUGUUCAUUUUCCGGGACAGAGGUACAACUUCACUACUAGCAACAUAGCGGAGUCUUUAAAUAAGGUCCUUUCAAAGGUGGUUUGCCAAAAGGCGCCGAGCUGCAAAUGA